AACAAGUGUGAAUUACGUGAAUGUGUUUUGCAAAUGUCACUAGUUAUCGCUUUUCGUUGUUUUUGUAACGCCAAAUCUGUUUAAAAAUCAUAUAAACGUUAACAUCAUCGAUAGAAAAUUACUCAAAUACGGACGAUAAUGUCGUAUAAUUCAAGAAGAAAUACGAUCUUUGUUUAUAAUCUGGACGUGAACGUAAGUGAGGCCGACUUCCUAUCGUACUUUCGAAAAAGGUAUUAUGGUAGCGUAAAAAGUGGAGAAAUUGUUCAGUAUUCUAAGAAGGGUAAAUUGUUUCGUUACGGUAUCAUCAAUUUCGUUGAUUCUGCGAGUGCAAAAAAGGCAGUAAGAGAUAAGAAUUAUUUAAACGGAGAAAAAAUCGUCUGUAAAUACGCCUCAAUCGAAUGGAAGGAUCAAAAUGCACACCAAAAAAGUGAAGUACCACCACACUUGAGGACAAUAUAUGUUAAUAGCCUGAAUAUCAACGUUACUAGUCACCAUCUGAUAGAUUAUUUUCAAAGAUUUGGUCCGAUCGUGAAUGCACGUAUCGUGCAAGGUGAAGAUGACAUAUCGGUAGGUUACGGUUUCGUCGAGUUUUAUUGUACUUCAUCAGUCAAAGAAGUGCAGGAAAAAAGACCGCAUAGAAUCCACAAUCAGUACAUUCAAACCGUUCGAAAUUAUCCUAAAGACGUUCCAACGCAUCUGAAGAAACCCUCUACCAUUCUAUACGUUUACAAUUACGAUCAAAACACGAAUGAGAAACAUAUCGAAAAAUAUUUCAGUCAAUUUGGAUGCAUCACUUUGGUAUCUCGUAAAGAAACACGACCGGAUAAUAUAAAAUUCAUGGAAUUGCAGUUCGACGAUUACGACGCCGUUGAUAAAAUAUGCUUGAUGGAUAAUCAUAAAAUAAAUAACUGCCAUACCAUUAAGGUAUCAAAAUAUCUCGGCGAUUCCAUUGAAAAAUUGGUAAAGGCCAUGGCCAACACUGAAACCGGAACCGAAACGCAGAAAAUUACGGAACCCGCUGCAGAGUUCAAUUCCAAUACGAAUCAGCUAGAAUCGACUGAGAACCAGUCUAGCUCCAAGUCUACACCUCAUCGCACGGAGCGGAACUCGUUAUCUAGGAGUUCAGCUAAUCAUUCACGUUCCAGUCGUCGACAUAGAUCCAGGACCAAAAAGUAUAAAACAAAAAAACUGACCAACACCAAAACCGAAACUAAAACGCAGAAAAUUACGAAACCAGCAGCAGAGUUAAAAUCCAAUAGGAAUCAGCUGAAAUCGACUGAGAACCAGUCUAGCUCUAAGUGUACACGUUACACGAGGUGGGACUCGAUGUUUCGGAGUUCAAAUAAUGGCUCAUCUUCCAGUCGACGUGGAUCCAGGACCGAAACGUAUAAAACAGAAAAACAGACCAACACCAAAACCGGAACUGAAACGCAGAAAAUUACGAAAUCAGCUGAAGAUUUCAACUCCUCGAUGAAUCAGCUAAAAUCGACUGAGAACCAGCCUAGCUCCGAGUCUACACCUCAUUCCACGGAGAGGAAUUCAUUAUCUAGAAGUCCAGCUAAUGACUCACCUUCCAGUCGACAUGGAUCCAGGACUGAAACGUAUAAAACAGAAAAACAGACCAACAUCGAAACCGGAACUGAAACGCAGAAAAUUACAAAACCAGAUGCAGAUUUCAACACUUCUACGAAUCAGCUAAAAUCGACUGAGACCUACUCUAGCUGCAAUUCUACACCUCGUUGCACGGAGUGGGACUCAUUGUCUUUGAAUUCAGAUAAUGACUCACCUUCCAGCCGACCUGGAUCCAGGAGUGAAACGCCUUUAUUGUGUUCAGAUAAUGACUCACUUUGCAGCCGACGUGGAUCCAGGAGUGAAGCAUCUUUAUUGUGUUCAGAUAAUGACUCUGCACCUUCCAGUCGACGUGGAUCCAGGAGCGAAACAUCUUUAUUGUUUUCGGAUAAUGACUCACCUUCCAGUCGACGUGCAUCUACGACUGAAACGUAUAAUACAAAAAAACUGACCUUUACCAAGACCGGAACUGAAACGUGGACAAUUACAAAAUCAGCUACAGAUUUCGAACUCAAUACGAAUCAGCUAAAAUCGACUGAGAACCAGUCUAGCUCCAAGUGUACACAUUUCACGAGGUGGGACUCGUUGUUUCGGAGCUCAAAUAAUGGCUCAUCUUCCAGUCGACGUGGAUCCAUGACUGAAACGUAUAAUACCAACAAUGAGUGUGAACUUGAGUACAAAGGUGGAUACAGUGAAGAGGACAUGGUAACGAAACGUCUCGUAUAUAGUACAGGAGAAUCGCUCAACAUCAAAAAUGGAACUGAAAAGCAGAAUACCACGAAAUCAGAUCCAAAUUCCAAAUCCGAUACCGUAGCAACCUUCACCUUCGGAGAAAAGUCAUCGGCGUUGAUUCAAUCAUUUCAAUCAAUUGCUUCAAAGAAGAGAAAGAGAUCAACCUCGAGUGAUAGUAGAAAUCCCAAAUCUUCUAAAACAGCAACUCAGCUCACUGCAAUAAACUUUCCUUCGCAGGAUUGUACCCAUCAGACUAACUCUUGGCGCGAAUGCAAAACUGAAACGUCCAGUGAUGAGGGGUAACCUCAUUGGUAAAGUUUUCAUAAUUGAUAGGCUAGACAUAAAAAUGUAUGUGUACAUAUUACUGUGGGGUUUGUUACAUUAGGAAUUGAGAAUUGUUUUACAUAAUUUUAGAUUCUUAUGUAAUCAUUCUUACAAAGUUACAUCCUAUGUUUGUUCAUUGAAUAAAAUAAUUUGGAAUGAGA